GCUCAGUUGCUAGCUAGGCCUCCGCGCGCCACUUCCGCUCCUCCGCCUGAUAUCGCGCGUGCGCACUGCGUCCCUUCCUCUCCGGGCUGGGACCUGGUUCGCCGCGAAAUGGCUAAACGCACCAAGAAGGUCGGAAUCGUUGGUAAAUACGGGACCCGUUAUGGUGCCUCCCUCCGGAAAAUGGUGAAGAAAAUUGAAAUCAGCCAGCACGCCAAGUACACUUGCUCCUUCUGUGGCAAAACCAAGAUGAAGAGACGAGCUGUGGGGAUCUGGCACUGUGGUUCCUGCAUGAAAACAGUCGCUGGUGGUGCCUGGACCUACAACACCACUUCUGCUGUCACAGUAAAGUCUGCCAUCAGAAGACUGAAGGAAUUGAAAGACCAGUAGAAGCUCAGCUUUUCAGAUGUGACUAGCCUAUAAUAAAUGGGUUAAUUUAUGUAA